AGCUAUCACCAGUAGGAAAUCCUGAUGCUGACUCACCAUUUGAAGUAACUGCAGACAAGCGUGAGAAUAUGCCUCAGCGGUCAGGACGUAAGAGUCGUGGACGAAGAGGUGGCCGUGGCCGCUCCACUGCUAACAGCAACAGCAGUACAAGUUCGAAGCAACCUCUUGCAGAACAAAAUCCUGUAACUAACACACGAAGCAUUAGUAAGGUGUAACUCCAGAAGAAAUGAGUAACAUCAGUGUUCUAGUGAAUUUUCCUUUUGCCCUCUGUUUUUCUUCAAGUAUGUGGUUUCAACCAACAGAAACAUUUUAUCUAUUUAAAUAAAGGCCAAUUCACAGAACCCGUA